UGCUCCUCCUCACUUCCUCAGUCCUACUCAAGUACACACUCCUCGCUCCUCCCACUCUCUAUCUCCCUCGGCAGCACAGUGGGGAGAAGAAGGAGAAGAAGUGGAGGGACAGACAAGCAGCAGCAGCAAUAGAAGCAAGAGAGAGAGGCGGAGGAGAUCUGAGGCGCGAUGGGGUGCGCGGCGUCCAAGGUGGAGCAGGAGGACACGGUGCGGCGGUGCAAGGAGCGGCGGCGGAACAUCAGGGACGCCGUCGCGGCGCGGCAGCAGCUCGCCUCGGCCCACGCCGACUACCUCCGCUCCCUUCGCCUCACCGCCGCCGCGCUCUCCCGCUUCGCGCAGGGCCACCCUUCCCUCGCCGUCUCCCACCACACCGCCCCCGUCCUCCUCUCCACCGCCGCGCCGCCGGCCGCUCUCGCCCCCGCGCCGCCAGCCCCCGCCAUUUCCUCCUCCGUCGCCCCGUCUUCCUCGCUGCCGCCCCCCACCCCGCCGCUCCCUCGCCACCAGGCCCACCACCACCCCCCUCCUCCGCCCCAGCCCCCGCAGCAGCAGCAUGCGGCGGCGGUUUCGGCUAGGGAGCGGGAUCCGAGGAUGAUGAGGCGGCUCAAGGUGCCGCACAUCCUCUCCGACUCGAGCGUGGCCAGCCCGGCGCAGUCGUCGUUCCGGAAGCCGCCGGUCGUGGGGACGCCGUCCUCGUCCUCCGCGUGGGACUGGGAGAACUUCUACCCGCCGUCGCCGCCGGACUCGGAGUUCUUCGACCGCCGCAAGACCGAUCUCGAGGAGGCCAACCGCCUCCGCGAGCUCGACGAGGAAGUGGACAAGGCCCGGACCAGGAGCUACCUCCACCCCGGCAGCCGCGACCGCCUCAAGGAAGAAGACGAAGACGAGGUCGCCACGGACGACGAGGAAGAUGACGAAGAUGCGCAUUGCGGUGGAUGGGAGGACGAGGAGGACCACUACGCGUCCACGACCACGUCGGAGACCAGAUCGGAGGAGGGCGAGCUGGGGAACAGAUCCGAGUGCGGGUUCGCGGCCAGAUCGGAGUACGGCGGCACGGCGCCCUCCGAGUACGCCGCCGCUGUGCCGGCGCCGCUGCAGCUGAGGAGGAGGGACGAGCGGUCGGAGGCCGGGGACUCCUCGUCCACCGUCACGGCGGCGACCGAGAUGCGGAUGGUGGUGCGCCACCGCACGCUGUCGGAGAUCGUGGCGGCCAUCGAGGAGUAUUUCGUCAAGGCGGCCGACGCCGGGGACGGCGUGUCCGAGCUCCUGGAGGCCAGCCGCGCCCAGCUCGACCGCAACUUCAGGCAGCUCAAAAAGACGGUGUACCACUCCAACAGCGUGCUAUCAGCACUGUCAUCGACAUGGACAUCCAAGCCGCCAUUGGCUGUGCGCUACAAGCUGGACACUAAUGCACUGGAGAUGGAGUCAACGGAAGGGAAGAGCCAUGGCUCGACACUGGAGCGGCUUUUGGCUUGGGAAAAGAAGCUGUAUGAGGAGGUGAAGGCUAGAGAGAGCGUGAAGAUUGAACAUGAGAAGAAGCUUUCUACUCUGCAAAGCUUGGAAUACAGAGGGAGGGAUAGUGCCAAGCUGGACAAGACCAAGGCCUCCAUAAACAAGCUGCAAUCAUUAAUCGUUGUUACUUCACAAGCGGCCACAACCACAUCCACAGCCAUUGUCAGAGUCCGUGACACUGAGCUUGCACCUCAGCUUGUCGAGCUUUGUUUUGCGUUGUUGAGCAUGUGGAGAUCGAUGAACCAUUUCCAUGAGAUCCAGAGUGAGAUUGUUCAGCAAGUCCGUGGUCUGGUGGAUAAUUCCCUGGCUGAAUCAACGUCCGACCUUCACAGGCUUGCAACCCGUGAUCUUGAGGCUGCCGUUUCCGCAUGGUACUCAAACUUCAACCGGCUCAUCAAAUAUCAACGUGACUACAUCCGUUCUCUCUAUGGCUGGCUGAAGCUCACACUCUUCCAAGUGGAUAGUGUUGCCCCACAACAGGCUCACGCCUCGCUGAUCUCACGUGAACUCACCUCCUUCUGCGACGAGUGGAAGCAAGCACUGGAUCGGCUUCCAGACGCGGUAGCUUCAGAAGCUAUCAAGAGCUUUGUGAAUGUCGUCCAUGUCAUAUAUACUAAGCAGGCGGAGGAGAUGAAGAUCAAGAAGCGGACCGAGACAUAUGCAAAGGAGCUAGAAAAGAAAGCCAACUCACUCAGGGCUAUUGAGAAAAAGUACUACCAGUCGUACUCAAUGGUGGGUCUUGGCCUUCCUGGCAGUGGGCGCGACGGCAUUGAAGGCCACUCGUUUGAUGCACGUGAUCCUCUUUCCGAGAAGAAAACCGAGAUUGCCCAAUGCCGUAGGAAGGUGGAGGAUGAGAUAACAAGGCAUGCCAAGGCUGUUGAGGUGACAAGAUCAAUGACACUAAACAACAUCCAGACUGGUCUGCCUGGCAUGUUCCAAGCCAUAGCUGCUUUCUCGAGCACUGUCGCUGAAGCUCUUGACGUUGUCUGCCGGCGAGCUGGAUCGGUGCGGUAGAAGCUCGCCCCAUCAGAACUACGAGAAAUCAUUCCCUGUCUGUCUUCUUUGGGUUUGGGUGGUCCAGUAAUCUAUAUAGGGGGAAAUGCCACAUAUAUAUAGUUAAAAGUUAGCGACGAAAUAUAGGGAGAAGGCUCCCUUGCUGUUUUUGCCUUGUCCGAUUGAUCAUUUUGGUUGUAGAUAAUGAUUUUGCCCAGGAUUGCUUGUGUUCUUCCACCCUGUCUGGGAAGUGCGAAGGAAUUAUAUUAUGUACAUAACCUGGGCUCACCUUGUUAAGCUCUCAAAUGGACAAUUUUACGCU